AUGGCUUCCAACCGUCAUGUUCUUGUGCUCGGAGGCAAUGGGAAGAUCAGCAGGCUUCUCACGGUGAUUCUGCUGAAGAAGUCCUGGACUGUGACGAGUCUGAUCCGUAACCCUGACCAGAUCGAUGACCUGAAGAAGAUCUCAGAGGGCUUGCCGGGAGACCACAAGAUCCUGGUUCACGAUCUCAUCAAAGUUGAUAGUCAGGAGAAGGCUGCCACCAUUCUUGACGAAGUGAAGCCGGACUCUGUUGUCUUCAGCGCUGGCCCUGGAAGAGGAACUGAUCAAGACACGAUCAUCCGCAUCGAUCGUGAUGCGGCAAUCUUCUUCAUCAAGGCCUCGGUCGCCAACAAGUCCAUCAGUCAUCAUAUCCAGGUCUCCUACUUGGGCGCUCGACGCGAGCAAGCUCCCUGGUGGACUGCCGAGGACUGGGAAGGCUGGAAGAAGGUCAACUCAACUUUCCUUGGUCCUUACUAUGAGCCCAAGACCGCCGCCGAUGAAGCUCUCGUCACUGAAGCUCUCGUCACUGAAGCCAGGAAGAGAGACGGCUUGACCGCUGUAUCGGUCCGCCCUGGCGGUCUCACCGACAAGGAUGAAGGGGGAGUGCUCUUGGGACAGACCAAGCAAGCCAGAGGCAUGACCACUCGAGCAUCAACCGCGAGAGUCAUGGCCUUGGUGUUGGAGAAGGAGGGCGUGAAGGGACACUGGUUGGAUGUUCUCGACGGCGAGGAAGAUGCAGCGACUGCAGUCGAUCGUUACGUUCGUGAUGAGACUGAAUGUGCUGAAGGAGAGCCAGUCCUGAAGAACUAA